UAUCAGCUCUGUACCCUAGCACCCGCCAACGUUUGACAGUGUGUCCGGGGCCGUGUUUGGAGAAGGGGGGAAGGAGUGGGGAUUGGGCCAGAAUCGUCGGGGCCAAUUUUAUGUCGAGGUGCUACAAAUCAACUCUAUGAGGGCUGAUUCCGAGCUGCGAGGGGUUUCUGGCUCUCUGUUAAUUGAAGCCUGAUUGUUAUUUUGAUCAGAGUAAUUAACUGCUUUAAUUUUAACGUAAUUGUGUUUGUGUUUUGAGAUAUAUAGCAUAAGCACCAUGACAAGCACAUCCAAUAAAACUGUUGCCUAUUUCUAUGACCCUGAUGUUGGAAAUUUCCACUUUGGACCAAGUCACCCGAUGAAGCCACACCGGCUGGCAGUGACACACAGCCUUGUGCUCAAUUAUGGCCUUUACAAGAAGAUGCACGUGUACAAGCCAUACCGCGCCAGCAGCCAGGACAUGGUGCGCUUCCACUCGGGCGAGUACAUCGACUUCCUGCAGCGUGUCACACCCAUGAACAUCCACGGCUUCUCCAAGAGUGCCACACACUUCAAUGUUGGCCUGGAUGACUGCCCGGUAUUUGACGGACUGUACGACUUCUGCUCGAUGUACACGGGGGCGUCCCUCGACGGCGCAACCAAGCUGAACCACAACACCUGUGACAUCGCAAUCAACUGGUCCGGUGGUCUGCACCACGCCAAGAAGUUCGAGGCCUCGGGCUUCUGCUACAUCAACGACAUUGUCGUCGCCAUUCUGGAACUUUUGAAGUACCACCCGCGGGUGCUGUACAUCGACAUCGACUGUCACCACGGCGACGGCGUGCAGGAGGCGUUCUACCUGACGGACCGGGUGAUGACGCUGUCGCUGCACCAGUACGGCAACGGCUUCUUCCCAGGCACAGGGGACAUGUACGAGCUCGGCACGGAAGCCGGCAAGUACUACUCGGUCAACGUGCCGCUCAAGGGCGGUAUCGAUGACCCCAGCUACAUGCAGAUCUUCAAGCCCGUCAUCACGGCGGUGAUGGAGAGCUACCGGCCGACGGCCAUUGUGCUGCAGUGCGGCGCCGACUCGCUGGCGUACGACCGGCUCGGCUGCUUCAACCUCAGCACUAAGGGCCACGGGGAAUGCGUCAAGUUUGUGAAGGAUCUGAACGUACCGACCCUGGUGCUGGGCGGCGGCGGCUACGUGCUGAAGAACGUGGCGCGCUGCUGGACGUACGAGACCUCCAUCCUGGUCGACACCGACAUAAGCGACGAGCUGCCCUACACCACCUACUUUGAGUACUUCGCGCCGGACCUCUGCCUGCACGUGGACAGCAUCCCGCGCCAGGAGAACGGCAACACCAAGGCGUACAUCGAGAGCAUCAUCCGCACUACUAUCGACAACCUGCGCAUGGUGGAGUUCGCGCCCAGUGUGCAGAUGCACGAUCGGCCACCGGACUUCAUCAAGAAGGAGGAGGACGAGGACGAGAAGGACCCGGACGAGCGCGACCCGGAGGACGAGCAGAACGCCAGAGUGGAGCCAGACAACGAAUUCUACAACGGCGAGAAGGACAACGACCAGGACGUCGCGAUGCGAGCCACGUGACCCGCCGCCGGGUGACGGCGCCGUGUGAGGCCAGGCAGUCACAUGACGUGCCACUGGCCGGCGGGGCGGGCGAAAGGCGGGCGGCGGCAGCCGCCGAGGGGGCGUCGUGGGACGCUGCCGUCGCCCCGGUCCGAACGCCGGCUGAGCACGGAGCUGCCCGCCGAGCCUGCGGACUGACGCUGCUCGCGGCCGCUGGUAUGAAUGCGGUCGUGAGGAAUCUCGCCCGCGCUGGGCGGUUGCCUGUGCAGGACGUGGGCAGAGCUGGCCGCAUGGUCAGACGCCUGGAAAUGAGUCGCUUGCUCUCACUGCGGAAAGUGUGCGAUCUCUUGUCUGUGACACAUGCUGGGAGAGCCGGAGUGUGCGGGAAUACGUUCGCGGCGGCGUCCGACGUGCCGCGGCCGGUACGCUGCUCGCUGUGCGGGCAGGCUGCUGCACCUGAGCAGGCAGACGGCUGCGGCUGUGCUGGCAGACGGCUGCACCUGUGCAGGCAGACGGCUGCGGCUGUGCAGGCAGACGGCUGCGGCUGUGCAGGCAGACGGCUGCGGCUGUGCAGGCAGACGGCUGCGGCUGCGCAGGCAGACCGUUGCGGCUGUGCGUGAAGGCAGCUGUGCGGGCAGGCGGCCGCGGCUGUGCUGGCAGACGACUGAGCUGGGAACUUUUGCCCAGACGGCGCGCAGGACAAUGCCAUGUAGCUGGACGUGGACACGUGCUUGGUCGGCUGCGUUACAACACGCUGCUGGUUACUGCUGCUAUUCGGCAAGCGUUUCUCGGCAUUCUUGUGGGUGCUGUUUCAGUGGCAGGCGUCCUCGGCCACGGCCCAGCAUGAAUGAGAAGCUGUUUUGUAAGGACUCACUGACCCCGGCUACGGGGUUUGCCAUCGGAUGUUCGAACAGGUGUUCUCGGUUCUCAGAUGACUUAUGGGUGUCUGGCAGUCAGCACAUGUUCUCACCAAAUCAGCAUGCGUCUUACAAGAGUGUGAGGUUUUGCUGAACUCCGCUGCAUCAUUUUGAGUGGGUCAUCGUUUUGGAAUAAAGCGAAACUAGUUGC